AAUAAUUGCAUUUUAUUUUAGUAAAAAUGCUACUUUAAGUUGGUUUAGAUAAAUUAACUAGGAAUAAGCCUUAAAUUUUUUUUGGAACCAAAGUCGAAACUUGUUGCAACAAGUUUCUCAUAAUGAAAAUCGGAACCUCUUCAACAUGUUCCUGAAAAAUGGAAAUCGAAACUAAAAUCGGAACCUGUAGCAACAAGUUCUCAAAUAUACUACGUACCCAGAAUUUCGACCGUAACCUGUGAUUCAUAAUGAAUUAUAGUUUCGCUUUAAGGUACCUGCUCAUCCCCACAAGUUUCAGCGAUUCCUAAUUAAGAAAUUUCUAAUCCAAUACCUUGAUUUUCGGCUAUUCAUAAACACAUCAACAAAGUUAUUCUUACACAUUGAAGAUGAUGAAACUGAAAUGUGGGAGCAACUUCUUCAAUGGCGUCCAAGCUCUCAACUUCAUCCAUGGUUUUCAUCGCCUACGCUAUUCAACAUCAUGUUCUUCCUCAACUGAAGCUAAUCCAUCUUCUUCUUUAACGAAUUACUUGGUUGAAGUUCUAGGGUUUUCCUCCCAACAAUCUCUCUCCACUUCUACCAAGCUUGCUCAGCGUCCGAAAUCAGCGAAAGCAACGAAUGUAAGUACUGAUUUGUGUAAUAAGGCUAGUAAUGCUAAUUUAAUCACUAAUUUCUUCAAACAAAAUGGGUUUGAUGAAUCCCAGAUUAGAAAGAUCAUCUUAGUUCAACCUCGAAUCUUAUUGUCUAAUGUUGAUAAAACCCUAAAACCCAAAUUUGAGUUUCUUCGAGGAAUUGGAAUUUCUGGGUCUGUUUUAUCUAGGAUUAUAGCCCUAAAUCCUACAUUACUAUGUAUGCGCUUGAAUCCUGUAAUCCAAACUUUGAGGCAAGUUUUGGGUAGUGAUGAGAAUGUGUGUAAGGCUCUUAGCUCAUCGUCUAUUUACUGUCGCCGAGGAACCUUGGGGACUUAUCAUAAACAUUUGCUUUCGAAUGCUGAAUUGUUGAAAAACUAUGGCAUCCCAUAUAAUAUAAUCCAGAAACAUGUUAUGCAGGACCCUGAAUCCUUUGUUGUAAGUCCUCUAUUGUUUAAGGAUGAUUUGAUUAAGGCUGAACAGAAGUUUCGGAUUUCUCGAGACUCGACCAUGUUCUUGUAUGUGGUCCGAAUCCUAAGGCGCCUUAGUGAGAAGAAUAUUGAGUCUAAAUUUCAAGUUUAUAAGAGCUUUGGAUGGACACAAUCUGAUUUCUUUGAGCUAAUAAGGAGAAUUCCUAGUUGCCUAGGAUAUUCUGAAGCAAUGACUAAGAUGAAAUUGAGUUUUUUCAUGUGUGAGCUAGGUUAUCAGCCUGCUUACCUGAUGUCGAGAAGUGCUUUCAUGACUUGUAGUUUGGAGAAGAGAGUAAAACCGAGACAUCAAGUCGUGCUGGUCUUAAAGGAGAAAGGUUUGAUCAAGAAGAAUUACUGUUUUUAUUCUAUUAUAUGGAUGAAUGAGUUGAAGUUUGUGAAUAACUUAGUACUACCAUAUGUGGAGGUUCAUGAAAUUUAUGCAAACCAUGUUGGUGUUAAUGCAAAGCUGCUAACUCAAGGAAAAGCUAAUCCCCAUUUCAACAUAUGAACCAGGAUUCCGAUGAUAGUGGAUGAUGGAUAGGAGGAUUCACAGCAGUAUAAACACUAUCCUAAGGACUACUAUAAUUGAGAGCAACAGUAAGCAGAAAGAAGUUUAUCCUUAAGUACUAAAGAACAGGGUUGGUCCUUAAUCCUUGCCAUAAUAGAUGGAGCAUGGAAAAGCCUGAAGGGAAACAAACACGGGGAAUGGGAAGCAGGUUCAUAGGGGAUCAGAUUUUAUCACAACGCUCUAACAAGGUUUGUGCAAUUUCCUCCAUACAAACCAGCAGAAGCUAUAGCAGCCCUCCACGCAAUCAAAAGCAUUGAGGAUCUAUCAGCAGAGCAGUGAUGGAGACGGAUUCCAGCAACCUAAUCCAGAUAGAUGCUAUGAGAAGAAAAUGAUGCACCACCGGAGUGUAAAACAAUCAUUGCUAAUUUACAGCAAUUAGCCUAUAAUCUAGCCUCUUGUACUUUUAGGAAAGUUAGUAGAGAAAGAGUUGAGAAAGCUCACUCCUAAGCAAGUUAGCAGUCGAAGCUAGAAAAGGGCCGUAGCCCCUUCUCUCUUUCUGUUUUUCAUUUUGUGUUCUUCUAUGUUGAAAAAAAAAAAAGCUGCUCACAAAUAGAUAGUACGUUGUAAAUAAGAGUUAGGAUGCAAUCGAACACGAUAAUAUAGCUGAUAGAAUAAUGCUGCAUAUCACAUAAAGCCUUGGUGAUCUC